CCGAGACACAAGCAGCAGGUGGAGGGAGAGAGAGAGAGAUUGUGAGAGAGAGCCUGACGCACUGACGCUGUCAAGGAGACACACACACCCUCCACCUGACUGAGGUAUAUUGUCUAAGCUGAAUCUGGCACCAUGCCACAGAUGCAGGUCAAAACCCAAGUUGCCAAAGUCCUGAAUAAAACCACGCCAGGGCUGCAGAUAUGGAGGAUAGAGGACAUGGAGAUGGUGCCCUUCCCUUCUAAAGCAUAUGGACAAUUCUAUGAAGGUGACAGCUAUGUCGUUCUAUACACCAAUAAGAUGCGCAGCUCGUUCACCUACGACCUCCACUAUUGGCUGGGAAAGGCCACCUCCCAUGACGAGCAGGGGGCGGCGGCCAUCUACACCACCAUGAUGGACGAGCACCUGGGAGGCAUGGCUGUGCAGCACCGUGAGGCGCAGGGCUAUGAGAGCGACACCUUUCGUGGAUACUUCAAAAAGGGCAUAAUCUACAAGAGUGGCGGCGUGGCGUCUGGGAUGAAGCAGGUGGAGACCAACAUCUACAACAUCCGCCGCCUGCUCCAUGUCAAGGGAAGGAAGAAUGUGGUGGCUGGAGAGGUGGACAUGAGCUGGAGCAGCUUCAACAAGGGGGAUGUGUUCCUGCUUGACCUGGGCAACCUCAUCAUCCAGUGGAACGGACCUAAGAGCAACCGUAUGGAAAGACUCAAGGGGAUGACUCUAGCCAAGGACAUCCGUGACAGGGAAAGAGGGGGACGGGCGCAGGUUAGCGUGGUGGAAGGUGACGAUGAGAAGUCUUCCGAGGAGGCCAUGAAGCUGAUGAAGCAGCACCUGGGAGAGACGAGACGAGACAUCAGGGACAGCAUCGCGUCUGAUGACGUGGUCGACCAGAAGCUGAGGUCCAGCGUCAAGCUCUUCCAUAUCUCAGAUGCCCAGGGGAACCUUGUGGUGCAGGAGGUAGCAGUGAAGCCUCUGUCUCAGGACCUGUUGAAUCACGAGUCUGACCCUUCACGCUCCACUCUGGAACAGCUGCUUGAACACGGCAGACUCCGCACCAUCGUUCACCGUCUCGACGUAGGUGGAGUAGGGUAG